UCCCACCUAACUGACAUGUUCUUCAAUGUGGCAUUUUUUUCUAGGAACAGGAAGGUGGUUGACUAUUCACAAUUCCAGGAAUCUGAUGAUGCAGAUGAAGACUAUGGAGGAGAUUCUGCACCUCCAAGCAAGAAAAUCCGUUCUUCCCCACGAGAAGUGAAACACAAGAAAAGGUCUGGAAAGAACUCUCAGGAUGACAGUGAAGAUUCAGAUGACAAAAUUCUAAAAUCAAAGAAAGAUGAUUCUGCAGAUGAUUUUGGAAGUGAAGAUGACAAUGACUUUGGAGAGGAUGAGGAAGGUGCAGACAGUGAUUAUGACAGCUCAAAGAAGAGCAAAAAGGGAAAAAAAGCCAAACCAGAAAAACUUAUGCCCAAAAGGACACCUAAAUCAAGGAAACGCACUGCAGAUGAUAGUGAUGAUGAGAAGGAGGCUAGUAAGAAAGUGCGACAGCAGAGGCAAGCAGCCUCUAAGGCUGUUUCGAAACAGAGAGAGAUGCUUCUUGGUGACGGUGGCAGUGAGGAAGAGGAGAAUGAAGAGGAGGAGCAGCAAUUUUUAGAUAAGGAAUCUGGCAGUGAUGAGGAUUUCAUGGUAGAUGAUGAUGACGACAGUGAUUACGGCAGCUCACGGAAGAAGAGUAAGAAAGUCAUUAAGAAAAGCAAACCAGAGAAAAAGUCACCAAAGCCAAGACUAAAGGCUACAGUGACUCCAAGCCCCAUCAAAAGCAAGGGCAAAGGCCGACCAGCUGCAGCAAAAGCUUCAAUCUCCCAGAAAGAGGAAGAGGAAGAAGAUGAGCCUGAGAGCCCUCGGGAAGAAGAGGAGGAAGAGGAGGAGGAGCAGGUGCAGCAGAAAAAAGAUGUGGCUCCACAAAAGAAGACUGGUAACACAGCAGAUGACGAUGAAGAUGUUUCAGAAGAGGAACCUCAGUCUGGGGAAGACUAAGCAGGGGGCUUGACAUGGCUUUUUUAUUAUUACUUUGUGUAGAGUUAGAAAUUUUGGUUUUCAGUGUCUGUCUGGCCCAAGGGAUUGGACUUUAUUUUUUAUGCAAGGAUACAUUCAAGGACCCAUUUUUUUUUUUUUUGUACAGACAGGCCUUAGUCACCCACUUCCCCAUACCAGGCUUGAGUUUUCUCGGCUCUUUCAUCUCUUAGGAUCUCUUUGCACUGUUCAGUUGCAGCUAAAUCUCAUGCGUAUUUUAAAGUGCUAAGACCAUUUUUAUAGUCGUAAACUUGAAUUUUGAAUUAAAGAUCUAAUAUAGCAUUCUUUGUCAGCACAUGUGCUUAAUGUCUUAUUACUGAGAUUAUUACUGAGAUUCAUAAAGCUCUGCUUUAUAACUCUGCUCAUUUCUGUGUCUGCAGAAGAAAACCUCAGGUUACUGGACAAGGGGGAAGGGGUAAUAAGAUUAAACAAAAAAAGCUUUAUUCUUCAAUGAACUAAAGAUGACACUGUACUUGUGACUUGUAUUUUAAAACACAUGAGUUUGUUGUAUGCGUGUUUUAACUCAGAGGAUGGCAAACAAAGGGUUGAUAUUUGAGAAAACACAAUUUGCACUUGAAUGAUUUUCAGUGCAUUGUGAUUUUAUUUUAAAACUAGGUAGACCAUAUCUACAAGCCUGUAUGUACUGAAUAAAUAAAACAUGGUCCUUGUGUAAGUCUGGGUCUCAAUUGGUCUGCUAAUCAUUUAUAAUUAUUUUUUUAUUAAUAUAGUUGUUGCUUAAGAAAAUAAAAGCAGCAGGCGCAUUGAAUUGAGAAACUGCGUAAAUGACUUAAUGCGGCUUGUAAUAGAGCUAUUCUGUUGAGCUGCUGCUGGUUUUACCUGUGUCUCUAUAUCAGCCUCUUUGUUUUCAAGCCAACUGUAUGAA